GUCGGAGAGAGGGAGCAGAUGCCGCUCUUGCCAUGACUCGUCCCGGGAAGCAGCGCUUUCGAGCGGCGCUGAUCUUUCUGUCCGUCGCCCAGCUGACUGCAGGUCUGAAGUGUGUGUGCCAGCUGUGUGCCAACCACACCUGCGAGACGACCGCGGACGGCGCCUGCUGGAACUCUGUGAUGCUGAUUGACGGGAAGGAGGAGACCGUCAAGUCCUGCCUGUCGCCCUCAGAGAUGAAGGGCCAGGUCUUCUGCUACAGCUCCCGAAAUGUCUCCAAGAGGAACUGCUGCUUCACCGACUUCUGCAACAAUGAGACUCUGCACCUGCAUCCAGAGAGGCCCUCAGAAGAACCCGGCUGGAGCAGCCUGCAGCUGGCUGUGGUGAUCCUGGUGCCCUCCUGCCUGUUGUGUGUGGGGAUCCUGCUGGGUGUGUUCGUUGUGCAAGGCCACCGCUGUGCCUACAGCAGAGCCCAUAAGCAGGACCCAGAGGAGCCUCUGGACGACCAGAUGCUCAUGUCACCUGACAGAUGUCUCAAGGAUCUGAUCUAUGACAUGAGCACCUCUGGCUCUGGAUCAGGUCUGCCACUGCUGGUCCAGAGGACUAUAGCUCGGACCAUAGUCCUGCAGGAGACCAUUGGGAAGGGUCGGUUUGGGGAGGUGUGGCGGGGAAAGUGGCGAGGAGAGGAUGUGGCGGUGAAGAUCUUCUCCUCCAGGGACGAGAGGUCGUGGUUUCGUGAAGCUGAGAUUUAUCAGACAAUCAUGCUCAGACAUGAGAACAUCCUGGGCUUCAUUGCUGCUGACAACAAAGAUAACGGCUCGUGGACUCAGCUCUGGUUGGUGUCAGAGUACCAUGAGCACGGCUCCCUGUAUGACUACCUGAACAGGUACACAGUCUCUGUGGAAGGCAUGAUCAUCCUGGCUUUGUCUAUAGCCAGUGGCCUGGCUCAUCUCCACAUGGAAAUCAUUGGCACGCAGGGGAAACCUGCCAUUGCUCACAGAGACCUCAAGUCUAAAAACGUGCUGGUUAAGAAGAACGGCACAGCAGUCAUCGCAGAUUUGGGUUUGGCUGUGAAACACGACUCCGGCAGCAACACCAUCGACAUCCCGUCCAACCACAGAGUGGGGACCAAGAGGUACAUGGCCCCGGAAAUCCUGGACGAGACGAUCAAUAUGCACAGCUUUGAGUCAUUCAAGCGGGCGGAUAUCUACUCGCUGGGCUUAGUGUUCUGGGAACUGGCCCGAAGAUGCUCUGUUCGGGGACUUCAAGAAGAUUUCCAGCUGCCUUAUUAUGACCUAGUGCCUUCUGAUCCGACCAUCGAGGACAUGAAGAAGGUGGUGUGUGAGCAGAAACUCAGACCCAAUGUUCCCAACCAGUGGCAGAGCUGUGAGGCUCUGCGUGUGAUGGGUAAGCUGAUGAGAGAGUGCUGGUACGCCAACCCUUCUGCUCGACUCACUGCUCUGCGGGUCAAGAAAACUGUGUCUCAGCUGUCUGUCAUCAAGGACGUCAAAAAUUAGAUCGAUACGUUGCCCUGCAGAUCAGCACCGGUGCUGGCGCUGGUGCAA